AUGGCUCCUGCCUCGCCGCCGAUGGCCUCGCCCGAGUCGUCGCACCAGAGCGUUGGGCCUGCAUCUGCCCCGACCACGCCGAGCCGGACUCGCACCGACUCGAAAAGCCCGUCAGGCGUUUCUCACGGACGCUCGAACGUCGCAGCAACUGCUUCAAGGUGCAUCAAGGACCCGUCGGCCCCUGCUCUCGUCGAGGACGACGCCGACCGCUCGCGCUCGUCCGCCGGCGACAACUCGAUCAUCUUCUCGAGCGGCGGCUCGGUCGUGUACCACCCGCGCAUGUCCGACAGCAGCGUCGCCUCCAACUUCGAGAUCUUGAGCGUGACGGAGAGUGUGGCGGCGCUCAACGUCGGCCCGGAUUCGUCCCUGUCGAGCUCGACCAGCCAGGUCAAGGCCGGUCCUCCUCGUGCGUCCACGGCCGCCAUGUCGUCGUUCCCCGUCGAGGCCUCGCCUGGCCGUACGGCUCGUACGCGUCACGCACCCGUCGAGUCGACCCCGCGCAGGUCGAGGACGAUGUCGGCCUCGCUCAACCCGGCCGCCGCCGCCUUCAGCGCUCAGCAGCGCCCGUCUCGCCACGACUCGUCGGGCGUCGCGCACCUCUUCUCCUCGAUCUUGCGCUCGGGCAAGAACCUCAACGGCGACCUCACCGUCGACGCGAAGACCGCGAUGGCGGCGCACGGCCUCAAGCCCAUCCCGUCGCUGCACGGCACGUCGCUCCUGCCCUACUCGCGCAACCCGUCUGGCUCGGACGCGUUCCGCUUCACGGUCGAGAACGACGAGCACGGCUUCGAGCCCAUCCCCGACAGCGAGAUCGAGUUCCACGCGAGCCAGCGCACCCUGCCGCUCCCCCUCCCGGGCAACGCUCGCUACACGCCGGCGGGCCGCCAGGUCCUCGCUCAGCAGCGCCGCGUCGUCUCGGCCCCGACGCCGUCCGACAGCGUCAUGAGCGGCUCGUCGCGCCAGGUCGAGGGCAGCACGCGCAGGGUCGUCACGGCGCCCGUGCCGUCGUCGUCGACGCCCGACGCGAGCGUGCCGAGCAUCGGGCCGACGCCCGCGACGCGCGCCGCCAUCGCCGCCGCGCAGCAGCAGCAGUACCAGCGCUCGAUCAUGGAGCAGCUGCAGCAGGCGCAGGCGCGCGACGAGGCGUUCGCCAAGCAGGCGCACCUCGCGCACCAGGUUCCGCAGUACCAGCUCGCGCCGUCGUCCAGCCAGCCCGGCCCUUUCCUCCCUCAGCCCUUCUCGCCCUACUUGUCGGCGCAGGCGUCGACGUCGGCCGCCUCGGAGCCGUUCGGCGCGCCGGUCCAACCCGGCCCGCAGCCGUUCGCGUACCCGAUCUCGGGCUUCGCCGCCUCACUCGGCCCUUCGACGUCCUACGGCGGGCUCCAGGCGCAGCGCCGCUCGAGCAUCCUCAUCACGCCCGAGGGCCAGAUCGCGUUCGUCGACUCGGCGAUGCUCCUCCAGCUCGCGGGCCAGCAGGUCGUCGAGGCGCACGAGCCCGUCGCGCUCGGCAGCAGAGCGACCGACAGCGCCCCGUCGAGUCGCACGACGAGCUACGGCGCCGUCCUUGAGAUGGACUCGGCCGAGGAGCAGGCCCUGAGCGAGGAGGGGCCCGACGUGCACCUCGCGGCGCUCGCGGCGUCGACGAGCGGCCGCCGCCGCCCGAGCCGCGCCGAGCAGCUCGACCGCCGCCGCCGCAAGCACCGCCCGACGCUCAGCGACGCGACCGUCACGGCGCAGACGUACGUCGAGCAGGGCAGGCGCAAGUCGGCCAUGGCGUCGUUCCCGCCGCCAGGCGGCUGGCGCCGGCCGAGCGUCGCGUCGUCGCUCGCGCCCGAGCCUCGUCACGCCUCGAGCAGCGCUGCGGCAUACUCGGGCACGAGGAGUGCCUCGAUCUCGGGCGGCCACGCGGCGACGCGCACGUCGCUCAGGCCGACCGACUCGCGGUCGGCGUCCGGCUCGAGCGAGGCGUACCGCCCGCCCAUGGUGCGCCGCCGGAGCUCGUCGCAGUCGGGCUCCGAGCACGACUACUCGGCGCCGACGCUCGAGGGCCCGUCGCGCGUGCUUUCGAGCAUCGGCAACGUCCCGCCGGCGUUGUCGGCCAAGGUCGGCUCGCACCCCGAGCUGCACGCGACCUUCCAGCUGCCGCCCUCGGCGCCCAUCGUCCAGGUCGAGCCGCCGACGCCCAAGCCCGUGCGCACGUCGGGCAGGUCCACGUCGGCCUUCUCGCCGCAGGCCGUCGCCCGCAACUCGGUCGUGACGGCCAACAGCGGCGUCCCGACUUUCCGCACGGCGAGCAUCAACAGCGGCAGCUCGGACGGCACGGUCACGCCCGGCGGCGACGACAGGGCUGGUCCCGUCGUUAGCCUGCCCAAGGGCAAGGGCUACCACGGGCGCGGCAAGCGCCGCGAGCCUCGCCAGUCGGACCCGACCGGUCGCUCGUCGGGCCACCUCUAGCGCAAGACGUGACAGCGCCUCUCUCGCCUCACUCUGUACCACUCUCUCUCUCGCUUUGCGCACCCCUCGUUGUCUCUCUCGCACG